AUGACCGCUAUGGUGUACGACAGCUGGGGCAGCCCAGCCGACCGCUUUCAUGGCGCCAUGUGUCUAGGCAUUGACUUAGGAACGACGAACUCGUGUGUCGGUAUUUGGCACGUCGAGCGCAAUCACGUCAAAAUGCUCAAGAACCGCUCGGAUCGAGGUCGCACGAUGCCGUCGGUAGUGCAUUUCGACCCCCAAAGUCAACACGUUGAUGUCGGUAAUGCCGCUGUGGAAUUUGAGACGGUACCACCUGUCGGAAACACGAUUCGCUCGAUCAAGCGGCUACUUGGUCGAAAAUUCGUCAGCAAAGCAGUGGACGUAGCUCGAAUAUACGCAUCGUAUAGCGUGGUACCCACAGCGCAAGGCAAUGUAGGAUUGCGAGUGGUUCGCGGAGGAAAGAAGGUACAAGUUCAGCCUGAAGAGAUUGCAGCAAGCAUCCUUGCUGAGCUCAAAGCGUCGGCUGAAGCAUAUUUUGACGGUCGGAUCAAUUUUAACAAUGUGGUGAUCACGGUCCCGGCUUACUUCAGUGACUCCCAGCGAAAAGCGACGCUCACUAGUGCAUCGAUGGCUGGGUUCCAGAUUGUGAGGUUGUUGAAUGAGCCUACAGCAGCAGCAAUGGCUUACGGUCUGUUCCUGUCUGGUACGAAACUCGUGACAGUAUUUGACUUUGGAGGAGGAACGUUGGACGUGUCGUUGUUGCGUAUCGAAGACGGCAAGUUUGAAGUGUUGGGGAUUGGAGGUGAUACGAACCUGGGAGGAGACGACAUCAAUAACGUUCUAGUGGAUCAUUUGAUAGAAGUGCUAGACCGACAUCAUAACGUGACUCGAGCUCAGGUGGAGGACUUAGACUUGGUAAAGAUAAAGCGAGAAGUGGAAAAGGCGAAGAUUAUACUUUCGGAAGAGGAAUUUGCGGUCAUUACGGUAGACAUUGCAGAUGUGCCUGCAAUCACGUAUACGCUCACGCGAUGCAAGUUCGAACAGUUGUGCGACCCGAUCUGGAAAAAGUGCCUUCGAAUCGUGUCGGGUGUGCUAGAGGAAGCAAAGGUGGAACUAUCUGAUGUUGACGAAGUCAUACUCGUAGGAGGUUCGACUCGGAUCCCGAUAUUGCGCCAGCAGAUAUCGGAUGCUUUUAGUGGCAAAGAGCUGUGCAUGUCUGUGAACGCAGAUGAAGUGGUGUGCGAAGGUGCUGCUAUCCAGGCAGCCAUCUUGUGCGGUGUGGAUCAGCGCGUGUUUCGAGACGUGCUAAUGAUGGAUGUCCUUCCACUGCCCAUUGGACUCGAGACGGCAGACGGGAGCAUGGAAGUAAUUCUUCCCAAAAACGCACGCAUUCCGACAUCAGUGACGAAGUAUUUUCAGACGUAUGAGGACAAUCAGCGUGGGCUUACGGUCGAGGUGUACGAAGGCGAAAACGAAGUCGCCAAGGAAUGCGACCACAUUUGCUACUUCAACUUUGCACUUCCCCGCGAUAAGAUCGGCAAGGCGGGUGAGUUUGCGCAUCCAGUCACAUUUACAAUGAAUGCAAAUGGGAUUUUGCAGGUGAAGGCCGGACUUCAUCACGAUGACCACGAGGAAGCGCCAAUGUCAAAAACUGCCGUGUAUCUCAUGAUAGGAUAUGCUCUCGCUCUCUUCGGUUUGUAUGUGUUUUUCCGCAUCUACUUUACCGAAGAGCGGGGCGUCACCGCGUAA